AAGGCCCAUGAGCUAGAAAGGUUUUUACAUUUUUUAAUAGCUGAAAAAAAAAAAUCAAAAGAAUAGUAUUCUGUGACGGGUGAAAAUUCCAUGAAAUUUAAGUAUCUAAGAAUAAAAUGUGGAACACAAUCAGGCUCAUUCGUUUAAUAUUGGCUGUGGCUGCUUUCCCACUACACCAGCUGAGGUGAAUGAAUAGUGGCAGAGUCGACGAAUUCCAAUCCGCAAAUCCCAAAGCAUUUACUAUCUGCCCUUUGCAGAAAAAGUUUGCUGACCCCUGAUCUAGAAAAUAGGGAGAAUAGUCUCCAGGGAAACAAGAGUAGAGAAUGAUAGCAGGACCGACUGAACUAGGUUAUUGGGUGAAAAGGAUGAUGAAGAGGAACCCAAAUUAGCGUUAGCCAUCUUGGGAGGUGCCCAGAGGCGAAGAGCGAGGGUUUGGCAGGCAGAAACCUGGGAAGGCGUGGCUCUAUUCCUUCCCCGCCCCUCCUGCAAAGCGGUUGGUUGCGGAAGGGACUACAAACUGGUGUGUCACGGGAGUGGGCGGGGCUGUGCGCGGUGCAUCAUGGAGGCUUCAGGGGCUUCUGAGCCGGAGACGGUGGCGCUGAACUACAACGCGGGGCGUCUCGGGAGUCCUGCUGGAGGCCUUGUGGGAGGGGACAAGAUUCGCCCACCCAUGUCCGGCUGCAAGCUGCCGGUGGGCACGUGCCCGGACAUGUGCCCGGCCGCCGAGCGCGCUCAGCGCGAGAAGGAGCGCCGCCUGCACCGCUUCGAGGUGGCGCCGGGGUGCCGCGGCGACCGGCCCCGCGCGGACCCGCAGCGCGCGGUGAAGGAGUACAGGCGGCCGGCCGCCGGCAAGGCCCGGCCCCCGCCGAGCCAGCUGCGUCCGCCGUCCGUGCUGCUGGCCACCGUGCGCUACCUGGCCGGCGAGGUGGCCGAGCGCGCCGACGCAUCCAGCGCCGAGGUGGCCAGCUUCGUGGCGGACCGGCUGCGCGCCGUGCGGCUGGACCUGGCCCUGCAGGGCGCGGGCGACGCCGAGGCGGCGGGGGUGCUGGAGGCGGCGCUGGCAGUGCUGCUGGCCGUGGUGGCGCGGCUGGGGCCCGACGCCGUGCGCGGGCCAGCGGACCCGGUGCUGCUGCAGGCCCAGGUGCAGGAGGGCUUCGGUUCUCUGCGGCGCUGCUACGCUCAGGGCGCGGGGCCGCAUCCCCGCGAGGCCGUCUUCCAGGGCCUCUUUCUGCUUUACAACCUGGGCUCCGUGGAGGCCCUUCACGAGGUUCUGCAGCUACCUGCCGCCCUGCGUUCCUGCCCCGCCCUGCGCAGGGCCCUGGCUGUGGACUCGGCCUUUCGAGAAGGCAACACCGCCCGCCUAUUCCGCCUGCUCCGGAUCCUGCCCUAUCUGCAAAGCUGCGCAGUGCAGUGCCACAUAGGCCGUGCCCGCCGGGGAGCCCUGGCCCGCCUCGCUCGUGCCCUGAGCACCCCCAAAGGCCAGACCUUGCCCCUGGGCUUCAUGGUCCACCUGCUGGCCCUGGAUGGGCCGGAAGAGGCACGGGAUCUGUGCCAGGCCCACGGACUGCCCUUGGACGGACAGGAGAGAGUUGUGUUUCUCAGGGGUCGCUACACGGAGAAAGGGCUGCCACCUGCGGGGACCUGCAGUGUGUUGGUGGCGAGCAAACUGGGAGGGCGCACCCUGGAGGAGGUGGCCAUGGCGGAGGAGGAAGAUGAGGGUGUGGCUAGACUGAAGUCCCCUGCGUGAGGAGCUGUGCGCUCUCCCAGAGCCCAGGAAUGGAUCCAAGCACUCAGGUUUCUUUUCUCAUCAUUCCUACACAAUAAAAGGAAUUUGUUUUGUAGGGACAA